AUGGCCGAGAAGGACAGUGAAAAUAGAUAUAGCAAUUGGGGUGCUUCAUCGGCCUUCAGUGCCAGGAGCAAUGGGAUGAACAAACCCACCAAUGUAUCCAAACCAGGAGCAGGAAAUUUCUUUUCGUUUACAGAAUCACACACUGAGUUGGGCAAUGGGGAGUUGCCACGAAAAAAGGCAUUUUCCCUCUUUGGUAACUCAUCAGACCUGAAGAAACAGAAUCCUUGGAGUCAAGGUUUGGAUGGAUUACCGUUUGCAGAUACAGAAUCAUCACUUAACUCCGGGGAUGAAACGCAGGAAAAGUUAUCUGUUGGAAACUCCAACUUGACGCUGGGGCUCUUUGGUGAUCACAGAAGUGAUGCAAAGCUAGACGUCCAGCGUAAGCAAAAAUUGUUUGGAGACGUUCCACCGUCAAUUAAUCUUACAAUUGACAGGAAUAACACUGGGAUGGAAGGUUUGUCGAAUGGCGGUAGCAACAUUUCAUCAUUAGAAUCAACUGCUUUACAACCAAAUAAGAAUGUCCCACCGCAGCCAAAAUCGAGACUUGGGAAACUAUUUAGCUACUUCAAGAAGGAUAACAAGAUCAAGGAUAGAGUCCAACAGAUCUACAAGACACCUCAUGUUACGCCUAAAACAUUAUCCAACCCUUCAUACAAGGCAAUAGACACUAGACGAAUUGGAAGUAUGAGGAGACUUGUCCUUAAAACUAAGCCAAUAAAGUACCACUUGAUUGAUGUCAACAAGAUAUUAAGUUCAAAGGGAGGGAUAGUUGUUGCGGCAAACUUAUCAGCGUCAAAGAUACUAAGCCUAGGACUGUCUAAUGAUGUUGAAUUGGAUGAAGUAGAAGAAGAGGUAGAGUACAAGCCUUUUACUUCAAAUGCUUCUGCGGAAGAUGCUAAAGAAGAAGGAGUGACAGUCGAUGACCCGACGGAUGAACAGCAGCAAGAGAGUGAAACUGUGACUCAACACAAUGGGUACUGGACGUAUCCCCUGAUAGAUGAAAUCUCAAAAAUGGACUUUUUUAGUCUCGAGAAUGUACACAAUUUUAUCAUUGGGAGAGUAGGAUAUGGCCAAAUUGCAUACGAUUACCCUGUUGACUUGACUAAUAUAGUGUCGAAUGCAGAAAAAAAUGGGAAGCUAAUAGCUGAAGAACUCUUUGAUAAUAUAGUUACAUUGAAGCAAUCAGCUGUGUUGGUUUACAAGGGUGGCGAUGAUAAACCCCCAUUGGGAACUGAGUUAAAUGUACCAGCGACAAUUACUCUUGAAGGAGUCAGACCAAAGCCAACUGUAUCUAUGGAGAAUCACAUAAACUUUUUGAAGCGUCAGAUCGGUAUGGAGUUUGUCACCUACGAUCCAAUAACUUAUAUUUGGGUAUUCAAAGUCAAACAUUUCAGUGUCUGGGGUUUGAUUGAUGAGGAUGAUGAGAGCCAAAAGGACUUGGCUCUGCUCAAGAGGAAACAAGACUUGAAUGAAGUACAAGCUUUGGCUGAAUACUCGAAGGUGUAUUCAGAUGACAGUUUUGAUCAGGAAGUGAAGAAGCAGAAGUUGAAUGAAUACUCAAAGGUUGUUCCUGGCGGUUGGGGUUCAAGUGUUCCACCUAACGAUAGCUUAUUGAAACUUAAGCGAUCAGUCGUUACCGAUGAAAUUGCCGAGGUUUUGAAUCGUUACAGAAACUUUGAAGACGAUACUAUGGCAGGUAAAGUUAGCGGCAUCACUAUAGAUUCCGAUACGGAUGAAGUAGACGAAAUUGAAGAAGUGAAGCUCAAUCCCUAUGAGCCGGUGAUAACUGACGUGACUGUUUUCGACAAUAUAAGAAAUAGAUCUACCUUUCCAACGACGGAUAACUGGUUACUACAAUUGGAAUUGGCAAAUCAGUAUAAUUCUUCAAUGGCGCCCAUGGCUCCCGAGGACAAGUUUUCAAAAGAAAAGUUGACUAUCAGUAAAGUUGAUGAGAUACUUUUUGCCGAUUAUGAAAAGAGGAGCAAGACUAGACUGGAUCAUGAGGGACUGAAAAGAUCAAUAGUAUCGAUAAAAGAUGUAUCCACGAAUGAUAUUAGAUUCUUAUUUAGCAAGCUCAUCACUGAUUGCCAAUUCAAGGAACUGAGCAAUCUGAUGCCACAGCUUGAAGCAGAAGGAUUAAACUUUACCAAAUUUGUUAAUAAAGCAGAUAAAUCUGUACACAAUUUACAAAUUGAAUUGGCAUCAAUCUUGUUUGACCAAGACAAUGACUCAGACACCGGCAGGUUAGUGCGAUUUGGAGAAUGGCUCCAGAAAUAUAAUCAGACACAAAUUGCGAAUCUUCUUGAGGAGAAUGAGGCCGAUAAUUUAUACUGUGUUUUCCUUUACUUAUGUGUGAAUAUGAAGAUCAACGCAAUUGAGAGAGCAUUGAAGUCAAAGAACGAGCAUCUUUCGGUGAUCCUCUCACUAGCUGAUUUGAAGGAUGACCUUGUUACGGGGUUGGCUACAACUCAGAUUGAGAGGUGGCAUGAUGCAGGCAGUAUAGAGUAUAUUCCAAAGCCCCUUGUCAAAAUAUACCAACUUCUAGCAAAGCAGAUGGAUCAAGCUGCCAAAAAUUUAUCAUGGAGCAUUGUAAUGGGGAUGAAUGUGUAUUAUGGGAAUACUGAGAGUAUUGCAGACUUGAUUGCCGAAUUCAAGUCCGUCCUUCCUGAAGGAGAUCCAGUUGCAGACUUGUUGCAAUUGUUCUCACAAGGCGUCAACUUCACUGCUGUUGUGAAUUCCAACUUGAGUAAACCUUUGAAAUGGCUCUUCUGCCUCGUUUCUGCUGAUUUUAACUUUGAUGAAAUAUCCACAGACCUAGGAAACUCCUUAGAGAAAGCUGACUCGUGGAAAGAAGCGUUGAUAGUAUUUUCCUCCAUCAAGGAUGGAAAUUUAAAAACUGAAUUGAUUCGCAAUUUAAUAAUCAAGAAAACCCAACAAGUCCAUUUUGAUGUACAUGAUGAAAAGUACUUGACCACCGUUUUGAAAGUGCCAAGAUCGUUGAUUUACGAGGCGAAAGCAUUGGAGAGAAUGAAUGCAGGUGACUAUUGGGGUGAAGUGAAUGCACUUAUCGAAGUCGAUUUCUGGAGCAAAGCUCAUGAUACUAUAGUCGCUCAAUUAGGUCCUAAAUCGGUAAUCACAAACUCCCCCGCUGAAAUUGCCAAACUAAUGAGUGUCAUUGAAAAAUUUCCACAACACGGAUCCAUCAUACCAUCAUGGAAGAAAGGAGCAGGAAUCUAUCAAAAUUACUUCAAUUUAACCAAGAGAACUGAUGAUACUGAAGUUGUUAUAUUUUUGAUGGAGUUUUUGCCAUUGUCCAAACCCGAAACACCCAAACAGAAAUUGGCAAUCAAUAUAGUGGCCAAAUUUGUUGGAGACUUGGCGUUGGAGGAUGCAAGAGUAUCUGACAAUGAGAGACAAAAGAUCUUGAAGAUGCCUUUAGACAAGGUCAAUAAGGCUUAUUUUGAAUUGAGAUUAUCUAGAACAAGUUAA